UCAAAGCUUCUUCUCUCUCAAUUUCCAAAACAAAAGUCGAAACUUUGUCUCUCUCUUUCUCUCUCUGAUUGUCCAAACUCCAAGAGAAGUCUAUAAGGAUAUGCAAGAGCAAGAGUUUACUUUAUUAUUGGGAGUCUUUGAAUUGAAGCAAGAGAUAGAGGAUGUCGUCGGAGAAGCUCAUUGGCAAGGGUGCCGUACACUCCGACUCGUUCCGGCAAUGCGGGGAGAUGGUGCCCAUUUUUGAAGAGUUGCCGGUGGCCACUAUCGUAUCGGUGUCGCGCCCCGAUACCGGAGAUAUCAGCCCCAUGCUCUUGUCUUACACAAUUGAGUUUCAGUACAAACAGCAGUUCAAGUGGCGGUUACUGAAGAAAGCAUCACAAGUUCUCUAUCUACAUUUUGCAUUGAAGAAACGCGCAAUAAUUGAGGAGUUCCAUGAGAAACAAGAGCAGGUUAAAGAAUGGCUCCACAGCAUAGGAAUAGCAGAUCAGACGGCAGUAGUGGAAGAUGAUGAUGAACCAGAUGAUGGGACUGUUCCUUUACAUAAUGAAGAUAGUGUUAGAAACAGAUAUGUUCCAUCUCGUGCCGCUUUGCCCAUCAUCCGUCCAGCACUAGGAGGGCAGCAGUCCAUCUCAGACCUAGCAAAGGUGGCAAUGCAGGGUUAUUUGAACCAUUUUUUGGGAAACAUGGAUCUAGUGAAUUGUCGAGAGGUCUGCAAAUUUUUGGAGGUUUCACAGUUGUCCUUCUUACAAGAGUAUGGACCAAAAUCGAAAGAAGGUUAUGUCAUGGUGAAGCAUCUGCCAAAAUUUUCAGGGGCUAAUUCUGAUGUGGCAUCUUGUGCUGGCUUUUGUCUGGGUUAUUGUAGCAACAAUUGGCAAAAGGUCUGGGCUGUUUUAAAACCUGGGUUCUUGGCCUUACUGGAUGAUCCUUUUGACACUGAACUUCUAGACAUUAUCGUUUUCAAUGCUCUUCCACCCUCAAAUGGAAAAGGAUCUGAAAAUUAUUUGGCAAGUCAAAUAAAGGAACGAAACCCUUUACGUUAUACAUUUAGGGUUGCUUCUGGAAAUCAAAGUUUAAGGAUAAGAACCACUAGCAAUGCUAAAGUUAAAGAUUGGGUUACUGCAAUUAAUGAUGCUGGCCUAAGGCCUCAUGAAGGUUGGUGCCAUCCUCAUCGCUUCGGUUCCUUUGCUCCUCCCAGGGGUUUAACUGAUGAUGGGAGUCAAGCUCAGUGGUUUAUAGAUGGUGAAGCAGCAUUUGAAGCUAUUGCUUCCUCUAUUGAGGGUGCAAAAUCAGAGAUAUUCAUUACUGGCUGGUGGCUUUGCCCAGAACUGUAUCUAAGACGUCCUUUCAGUAGCAACUCUUCUUCUAGGCUUGAUGCUUUACUAGAAGCAAAAGCUAAGCAAGGGGUUCAGAUUUACAUUCUUCUCUACAAGGAGGUUUCUCUUGCUUUAAAGAUCAACAGCUUAUACAGUAAGAAAAAGCUUUCAAGUAUUCAUGAGAAUGUGAGAGUAAUGCGCUACCCCGACCGUUUUCCCACAGGAAUUUACUUAUGGUCACACCAUGAAAAACUUGUCAUUGUUGAUUAUCAGAUUUGCUACAUUGGAGGAUUAGAUUUGUGCUUUGGCCGUUAUGACACGGUUGAACACAAAGUGGGUGACUGCCCUCCUUCUGUAUGGCCAGGGAAGGACUAUUAUAACCCAAGAGAAUCUGAACCAAAUUCUUGGGAAGAUGUAAUGAAAGACGAAUUGGAGCGUGAAAAAGUUCCGCGUAUGCCAUGGCAUGAUGUCCACUGUGCUCUCUGGGGACCUCCUUGUCGUGACAUUGCCAGGCACUUUGUUCAGCGGUGGAACCAUGCUAAGAGAAACAAAGCUCCAAAUGAACAAGCACUUCCACUGCUUAUGCCUCAACACCACAUGGUCAUCCCUCAUUACAUGGGAAGAAGUAGAGAGAUAGACAUUGAGAAAAGGAAAGUGGAAGAGACCCAGAAUGGGAUCCAGAGAGAGAACUCAUUUUCCUCUCUAACACCUUUGCAAAAUAUCCCGUUGCUUUUGCCUCAAGAAGCUGACGGUUUGGAACAUCCUGGUGUAGAUCAAAAGUUAAGUGCCCAGCAGAUGCAUCAUUAUCCUGUUGACCAGCCAAAUGGGAUAUCUGGUAGUGUUUCAUUAUCUUCCAGGAAGCCCAAAGUCGAAGCUUUAGACCCAGAUAUGCAGAUGAAUGGUUUGAUGGAUGAUCUUUAUUCUAUGGAUCUUGAAAGUGGAACCAAUAUAAACUCAGUGGCCCAAUCUGGCUUGACAGCUUCAAAUGAAUGGUCAGAAAGUUCAGAGGAAAGUGAUCAUGCUGUUGCUGCUGAUGACUGUGGACAAACAGGUCCUCGUACUGCAUGCAAAUGUCAGGUAAUUAGAAGUGUGAGCCAGUGGUCUGCUGGAACUAGCCAAACUGAAGAAAGCAUACAUAAUGCUUAUUGCUCUCUCAUCGAGAAAGCAGAACACUUUGUGUAUAUUGAGAAUCAAUUUUUCAUAUCAGGUCUUUCAGGGGAUGAGAUUAUACAGAACCGUAUCCUGGAAGUAUUGUACAGGCGUAUUGUUCUAGCACACAAAGAACAAAAGUGUUUUAGGGUUAUUGUUGUCAUGCCACUCUUGCCUGGCUUUCAGGGUGGCGUGGAUGAUUAUGGUGCAGCAACUGUUAGAGCCAUUAUGCAUUGGCAGUAUCGAACCAUUUGCUGGGAGAAGUAUUCAAUACUCCAUAAACUUAAAGUUUUGCUCGGUCCUAAGACACAUGACUACAUUUCUUUCUAUGGUCUGAGAACAUAUGGUAAACUGUUUGAAGAUGGCCCUCUAUCCACAAGUCAGGUAUAUGUACACAGUAAAGUGAUGAUUGUAGAUGACCGUGUUGCUUUGAUUGGAUCAUCAAAUAUUAAUGACAGAAGUUUACUUGGAUCAAGAGACUCUGAGAUUGGUGUAGUUAUAGAAGAUAAAGAAUUUCUUGAAUCGUCCAUGGCCGGACAGCCUUGGAAGGCCGGAAAGUUUUCUUAUAGUCUUAGGUGCUCCCUGUGGUCUGAACACCUGGGUCUUCAUGCAGGAGAGAUAAAUCAAAUCAGCGAUCCUGUGUCAGACUCAACAUACAAAGAUCUGUGGCUAGCGACUGCAAAGGAAAAUUCAAUUAUCUACCAAGAUGUAUUUUCUUGUAUUCCGAAUGACUCUAUAAACUCAAGAGCUGCUCUCAGAGAAUCCAUCGCUUUUUGGAAAGAGAAGCUCGGUCACACUACAAUUGAUCUGGGAAUAGCUCCUAAGAAGCUAGAAUCCUGGGAGAAUGGAGAGAUUAAAGAAACAGAUCCAAUGGAAAGAUUGAAACAUAUAAGGGGACGUCUUGUUUCCUUUCCUUUAGAGUUUAUGAACCAAGAAGAUUUGAGACCAGUGUUUAAUGAAAGUGAAUUUUAUACAUCUUCUCAAGUAUUUAUGUAAGUCUGUUAUAUUUCAUGAGAAGGCAGCAAAAAUUUGGUAUGAUUAAUAGUGGCACCAUGUGUUUUACUUACAAUUGUAUAUAGUCCCACACAACAAUGACAGAACAGAACAAUAGUAACAGAAAUUAAAGAAAGUGACCAAAUUCACGCCUUGUUCGCAUUUAUAUAUUGUAAAGAAUUAAUUUCUAGUUGUAAAAUGUAAAUGUACAUUUCUUUU